AUGGCGACGAUGGAGGCGAUUCUGACGAAUAUCAGUCUACAAGAGGCGGUCACCGAUCCUCUUAUUGUCUCCAUGCUUCAGGAGCCGUCGUCUCAGUUGGGAGAGCACCACGAGGAUGUACUCAAUUCCACCAUGGACUGGAAUUACGGCAAUAUCUCGGACUAUCAUUUCGUCACUCGAAUUCCAUAUUAUGAAAACUACAGCCAAGAGACGGAUUUCACAAAAAAAUAUUUAACCGGAUUUUCCGGCUUUGUUCUUUUUGCAACUCUCAACUUGUUUGUUAUAAAGUUGUUUGUUAUAUUGAUAUCCACCGACGAAUUAUAA